CACGCGUCGAAAUCUGCCAAAUUCCGUUCUUCGCCCCCGACACCAUGAUUCGCUUCUUCCUCUUGCAAAAUAGACAAGGGAAGACCCGCCUCUCCAAGUGGUACGUGCCCCCGCCGCCUGAUCUCGAGAAGCCGCGUCUCGAAGCUGAAAUCCAUCGCCUCGUUGUCGCACGCGACGCCAAACACACCAACUUCAUUGAGUUUCGUUCGUACAAGCUGAUUUACCGCCGAUAUGCCGGUCUCUUCUUCAUCGUGGGUGUGGAUUUGCAUGCAAACGAACUGUUGUGCCUCGAAACGAUCCACUUGUUUGUCGAGUUGCUGGACCAACAGUUCUCCAACGUGUGCGAGCUCGACAUUGUAUUCAACUUCAACAAGGUGUACUCGAUGCUCGAUGAAUACAUUCUCGGCGGCGAAGUCCAAGAAACAAGCAAGCGCGAGAUGCUCGAUCGCAUUCGCGAGCUGGAAAAGCUCGAGUAAUCGUCGUCGUUUUCUGUUGCAAAGCACGGAUGCACGACUCUCUAGUACACCACCUCAACCCAUGAAAUUUGUUUCUUCUCUCGCAA